AUGGACAGGUCGCUGGCGACCCUGUUGCGCUCGUUGCAGACGUCCGAAUACACCGAAGACGCUCUAAGACUGCUCCCAACUGCCACGAACCUCCUGUCCAGGUUAUCCAACCCGCUCAACCUCACUCUGUUGACCUCGCACCUCUUGUCGCACGAUGCUCUCUAUCUCCAACCCAUCGAGAUCACCCAUUCUCGCCAAAUAUUCUCCGUCUUCUAUACAGCACUGCUGAGAUUGAUCGAAGACAAACAGGAUCCUGCCCGAGAAUUGCUUCGAAGCCACUUGUCGGUGGAAGAAUGGGUGAAGGCGGUCGUCAAAGGCGCAGACGAACGGUCACCGCGAUGGCGACACACCCUCCUACUCGGUGGGUUACUGCUCGCUUUCCAAUCGAGACAGUUCGAAGAGCUGCGACCAAACCUGCGGAACAAGCUGGAGGCAGCUUUGGUUACGGCUACGAAUCUUGCUCUACGAGAGAAAGAUGUCGAAGUAAAUUGUGAAUUGGCCGUUAUUUUUGUUAUCAAUCACACCUUUCCCAUCCUUUCCGAUGUCCAUCGGUCGCAAGUUCAAUACGAUCUUCUUCUGCCUUUACUGGUUGACGCGACAUACUUUUCCAAGGAGGGGCUCGAGCAAGGCUACUGGCUCGGCGCAAUCGACAAUGACAUUCGUCAAUCAUCACCGCAGAAGUUCAACUGGUCUUCCACCUCGACUACGUUCAAGAGGCUAACGGAAAUCAAGAAACGGAGUCUUAUAACAGCGCUUGGGUCGCUAUCACGCUUGACAGCUCAUUGUGUUGACAACGUCCAUGAUCGGAUGUUGAUAGUACAUUGUACGAACAGGAUUGCAGAUUUCGCGCGGACAUUGGCAACAUCUUGGAGGCAGAACAAGCUGUCAGAAAUCGAUGCUAAAGAAGAAGCACUAUAUCUAGAUCAAGACACCGUGAGCACGACAUUACCGACACUUCUUCAGCUAUUACGAGACACUAUGUUUGCGACAGUGAUCAUUCUGCGAUCUGUUCUCGGACGUUUGAUCUGUGACCCUAUUUUGGGUGCAGAUAACACUGCCCCAGGACUAGCCAUGCAGACAUUACACAUUCUACGAGACACGUAUUUCAUAGCACAUCGGUUCGGCCUGGUCUCAUCUUCCCAGUAUACAUUUGUCAACUUUACCGCCAUCGAUAUCUUGACUCGAUAUCAACCACAAUCAGAAAACUUUUUGGAGUCAAUACGGCCUGUGGAACUAGGACGAAUUCCUGCUCAUCCCCUUGACAGGAUGCGCGAUCUCUUCUUCCUCAACGCGGCGGAGCACUUUACACUGACUGUCUCGCCACAGAUGAGCCAGGAACUGUUGUUUAACGCUGCUGCGCCUUAUGUUGACCCUCGCGGCGACCCGCGGCUGGGAGAGAUCUUUGAGGCAGCCCAUAGUGUUAUGCUUGCCAUUCUGGCGGCACCACGAAAUGCGGAAGUGGCAACCAAGAAUGUUCCAUUCUACGUGGAGACGUUACUCCGGAGCUUUCCGAUGCCUUUAAAUGCUCGUCAAUUCAGGUUCGCCAUCAAUUCUGUCGUGCGGUUGGCAGCACCACCCUCUCCUAUUGCCGCAUCUAUGCCGUUGAUGCAAGCGAUUAUUCUCGAUUUAUUGAGAGAACGUAUGGAACAAGCCUCGGAAGAUCUGCUCCCUUCCAAUCCCGACUUGCCUCUCGAAAGGGAGCAACGGUUGUCCGAAAAGGCUAUUCUUCUUCUAGCGAUCAUUGACUGUCUCAGUUCAUUACCUGUUCAGCUAUUGGAAGAAUGGCUUCCCUUAACAGCCGAGCUCCUGCACAAAGUGAAAAAUCCAUCACAAAAACAACAAUGCCAACACCGUUUGUGGGCGGCUCUGAGUGAUGGUGAAAUGGAUGUAGAUCGAGCUGUAACCUGCGUUGCUUGGUGGACUUCGCGAGGCGGUCGUGAGCAUGUUUUGCUUGGGGAGCAACCAGAGGAGCAGGACUACAUGAUGAGUGGUGCACUGAGGUUUGACAAUAAACUUUGA